AUGUCUGAAGUUGCCUCUCUCAACAACUUCUUUGACGCAAUCGAAGUCACAUACUGCACCUUUGAGGGUGAGACGAUCCAACUCAAGAUGCCAUUUACCCUGACCCAUACGGCGGAGGCUACGAGGGCCCCCGAAGAUUGCGGCACCGCAGCGCCUACUAAUGUUAUCUCGACAUCUUGUUCGUACAACGAAGCUUAUCUGACGCCCCUCUAUACUGCCCGUCAAUGUGCGGAGUAUGCUAAACUUGGCUUGAUGGGAAUUACUGUCCUCUAUAGCUCUGGUGACUAUGGAGUUGCUGAAAAUGGCAGUUACUGCCUGACGUCUAACGGAAUCUAUUCCCUGGACAACACCAUCUUCAACCCCAGUUUCGUGGGAACUUGCCCCUACAUCACAUCUGUUGGUGCUACUCAGGCCAACCCUAAUUCGGCGGUCUAUGAGCCGGAAGGGGCCUGUGGACAGGUCAUCUACUAUGGCGGUGGUUUCAGCAACUACUUUGCGAUGCCUGAUUACUCCCGAUAUCUGGACCGCUCAGGAACGUCCCGUGGUUUCCCUGACACUGCUGCCAAUGGGACCAACUUCGUUGUUGCCAUUGAUGAUACAUAUGAAUUGAUUUGUGGAACGUCCUGCUCUUCCCCAGUCAGUGGAUCCAUCUUGACGAUAGGAUUCAUCAAUCUAACUAUCUACUCGCCUAGCUUUGCCGGCGUUUUUAAUGAUAUCAUCAUGGGCGGAAACCAAGGAUGUGGUAUAGCUGCAUACACUGCCCUUCCUGGCAUUGACCCAGUUACUGGACUGGGGACCCCCAAUUUCCCGAAGCUUCUUGCGUCGUGGUUACUCCUUCCGUAGACUUUGAGCUCGACAUUUUGGAAUAAAGUCGAUGCUGCGUGGUGUAAAUUGUCAGUCAG